CCAAACUUCCGAUAGGUAAGUACUUGAGAUUGCGGAUAAUAUUCCCAUCCCUCGCUACUCUUGCACUCCUCUCUGCAUGUAACAACUCAAUCGAAACACAAUGACUUCGAACACUGCACUUACAUUCGGCCAAAUUGGCGUUGCCCCCAGGUCCCGACACUCCGCAAGAUCCCAUCUAGCAGAGAUAGACUUCAGCAACACAGCAGAGCAGCCGGACUGCAUAUUCUAUUCCAGAUUGCCUGCCGAAGUGCGCACCAUCAUAUUCGAGUAUGCUCUCGUACCAGAUCCUGAUCUGAAAAAGCCUUACGCACCAAACCGGGUGUUCUACAGACCCUACCUCCGGCACCACCCAAAGACCCGCGUCGCGCUCCUGAGGACGUGCAAGCUCGUCUUCCGGGAGACGCGGCUCAUGCCCGUAGCGCAAGCGACGCAUUACUUCUGGCUCUUCGGCGGGCCGUGGCGCUACAUGAAGAACGGGGUCCACGGUCAGGGCGACUGGGCCUUGUGGGCCCGCAGCCUCUCGGAGCCCCAGAGGGCUGCGGUGCAGCACGUGCACAUCUUCGCGCAGCAGUUUGCCCUCGAGGGUCUCGGUGGCGCCACCGUUCCUAGGUCAUGGGGCUCCAUCGCCACGCGGAGCCUGCGCCUGACCUUUCGCCAUUCGGACUGGUGGUCUUGGGAGAGCCCGGCCGAGAGCUCGGACAAGAUGGGCAUCUGCCCCUGGCUGAGGGGCCGGACAUCGCGUCAGGAUAUGCUCGCGCAACCGCUCGUGCUCUCGCAUGAACAAAUACACGAACAGAUGGCCGAUGGGACUUGGGGCUAUCAAGUCGGGCUGGUCAGGGGUCUUCAGAGGUUGGAAAUUGAGUUCGAGACCGACGUGUUGAAGAAAGAACAGCUGGAGAAAGUGCUGGAUAGGGCCCAACAUUGGGUCUUCCCCCUCCAAGGGCGCGAUGCGGUAUUGAUGAAACACGGUGAUGUAGUCGAAAGCUACUGGGACGGCAUGGCUGACCUGAAGGACGAUAAUGCAUACCCCUUGCAACGUAGGCAGUCCAUGAGCUCGUUUACUAGGGCCACGAAAGAACCACAGAGGACAUAUUAUACUGCUGUUAUGACUUGGAAGGUGGUAUCUACUACGAGGCAGGAAUAUGUGGCAGAGGUUCCACGUGCAUAUUCUUGAUUCAUUACUUGGCUGUCAAUCAUUGACAUGCACUAAUCCAAUCGCGUCGGCUCAAAUUUGAGAAUUGUUUUUCUCUUAACGGAUAUAUAAUCUAACAGGGACUGUGUACAUGGUUGAGAGCUGCAACCAUUUCAAAUCAAAAUAAAUAAAUAAAGGCUUUUUAACACUGAGCAUCACGCUGGGACUGCUGAAACGCAAUGGAUAAUCAGAUAUACUA